AUGCACAUUCCUGAAUACAGUCAGAUCGUAAGCCCUCUCUACCUAAUCACUCAUAAAAAAGAUUAUUUCCACUGGGGCCCUGAGCAGCAACAAGCCUUUGCCCAGAUUAAGCAAAAAAUCACUCAUGCAGUAGCCCUUGGCCCAGUCAAGACAGAACCAGAAGUGAAGAACAUGCCCUACUCUGCAGCUGGGAACCGUAAUGAAGAACAAGAGCCAGUAGCACAAGCUGAAGAAGCUCCUCCAUAUAACCAACUGCCACCAAAAAAACCAUGCUAUGCUCUUUUUACUGACCGUUCCUGUCGCGUCGAUAAGAAGUGGGUUCUCAAUCAUGAAGAUGUCACACUGGGUGAAUUACUGGGCAAAGGUAAUUUUGGUGAGGUGUAUAAAGGAACAUUAAAGGAUAAAACCCCUGUUGCUAUAAAAACUUGCAAAGAAGAUCUUCCUCAGGAACUGAAAAUAAAAUUUCUGUCUGAAGCCAGAAUACUUAAACAAUAUGAUCAUCCUAAUAUUGUAAAACUUAUAGGAGUCUGCACACAACGACAGCCUAUAUAUAUUGUUAUGGAACUUGUUCCAGGAGGUGAUUUCCUGUCAUUCCUAAGAAAAAAGAAGGAUGAGCUGAAAACCAAACAGUUGGUGAAAUUUUCAUUAGAUGCUGCCUCUGGUAUGGCAUAUCUUGAAUCUAAAAAUUGUAUACAUAGAGACCUGGCUGCAAGGAACUGCUUGGUAGGUGAAAGCAACAUCUUGAAAAUAAGCGAUUUUGGGAUGUCCCGGCAAGAGGACGAUGGCGUGUACUCAUCAUCAGGCCUAAAGCAGAUUCCAAUCAAGUGGACUGCUCCAGAAGCUCUGAACUAUGGGAGAUACACAUCUGAGAGUGAUGUAUGGAGUUUUGGAAUCCUUUUGUGGGAGACCUUCAGUUUAGGAGUAUGCCCAUAUCCUGGAAUGACCAACCAACAAGCACGAGAGCAAGUUGAGAAAGGCUACCGAAUGUCUGCACCACAAAAGUGUCCAGAAGAAAUAUAUAAAAUAAUGCAGAGAUGUUGGGACUACAAGCCAGAAAACCGGCCAAAAUUCAGUGAGAUUCAGAAAGAGCUGUCUUCAAUCAAAAAGAAAGUGACAUAGUGAUGAAGAAGUGCCAAACUCAAUGUCUGGGACUUUAUUUUCCAGUGAAGUAAUUGUUUCCGUCAAACACUAUGCAUUUAUAUAGCAUUAUUUGCAAUAUUCUUCUAGGAUUACUUUGAAAUUAACUGGUGUACCAUCUUGAAUGGUGUUUACACCUGCAUUAAAGAUAUGUACCGCGAAAUGCUAUAUAUCCAGUCACGGUAGUACUGUAAUUUAGGUUACAUGUACAUAGGAAAGCACAUACUAUAAAUUUAAGGGACUGUGGCUUCUAUCUGUUUUACAGCAAAUAAGUGCUAGUGACAUUUUUCAGAGGUAUUCUACUUUAAGCUGUGCUCUCACUCUGCUAUCACUGUCCUGUAUGUCAGCGUGUUAAUGUGGGGAUUGUCAUACAUGUUGGCCUUAAUACCGAAGACAGUUUUGACAAGUAUUUCAACUAGAACCUUUUGUAAAAUUCUUUCUACAUCUGAUAUAUUUAGGUGAUAUUUGGUUUUAAGCAUGAAGCUCAGUUAGAUUCUAGAUGCAAACGUGCUUACUGAAUGGAAAAAUUCAGAAUUUUUUGGACGUUGAAUUACUUGUGCAUUUAUUACCAUACAGUAGAAAUACUUCUGACUUUUUAUGUGAUCUACUUAAAGAAUGCCUUUUUUCUCCUUCAAUGCUAUCAGAAUUCAGUAGCAUGUUUCUUUUAUGGUGACCUAUGUUUAUUUUAGAAAAAAAAGACUAAUAUAAAGUAUAUUUCUUAGCACAUGCUAAGAAAUACUGCAAACUAUCUGCCUUCCAAAAAAUAUGUGAAAGUACCAGGACAAGAAAAAGAGGUUUAUUAAUGCUAGCAGCAGAUGACAAAUAUCAUUGAUCUUAGAGGCACUAAAGAAUAUAUUGCUAGAUUUGCUUUAGAUCCUGAUUUUUUCCCUUAAAUUGGUAGAAAUUCUCAGAAUGCAGCUGGAGCAUGCAAAAGUUUAUUCUGAACAAAAGAACAUUUCAAACAUAGUGUCCAAAGGAAAAUACUACUUCUGUAUGGCAUCACGAAGUUGUUAAAACAACCAAAAGGAAAGAAGUAUGUUUAAAACCUGUGACAGGGAACAGCAGAGUAGAAAUACUAACCUUCUAUUUUUCUUACAUUAUUGCAAUCAAAUACCAAAAGACUGGGGAUAAACAAGGUUUAAAUGCACCAAGAAUAUAAACCUUGUGUUUGUAUAUAUAUACAUAUAAAUAUAUAUUAAAAAUUAAAAAAGCCAGAAAGAAUAAAACCUUACUAGAUAGGGGAGGGAGGAAGUGCACCAUUUGUUACUUUGACUCUGGGUCCUCUUUGCAGCUGGAAUUUUCUAGGGUUCUGAAUAGAAAUAGGAACAAAUUACUGUAUCCCUGUCUGAGUUCCAGCAUUAAGGUGCUUAAAAUACUUCUAGGAAUUUACUAAAAUAUCCAGAUCAAGGGAUACUAGUUGCUGCUAAUGCAAGUGAGAAACAGGGAUUGUAAGUAACACAGCAUCUGGAAUGUUAAUUAGCCUUAUGUUUUAGUGUUACAGUGGGAUUGAGACGUAGUGAAUUCAGUGGCUACAUUACAUUUUUAUUCCUGUAGGGUGGCUUUUCUAUUGUCCACAUCAUCUUUUCCUCUCUAAAGUAUAUUUACAGUAGUGCUGAGUGGUGGUUUAGGGCUAUGUGUGACCAAAAUAUGUGUAGUCUAGAAGAAUUUGUCUGUUACAUAGGAAUUAGUGUCCAACUACAACAAUGGAUGGUUGUGUGGGAUCACAUCACCUGCAUUUGAGGUGGUACUGUCAGUAUCCAGCUGUAAGGAAUGGUAAGUGCUUCUUGCAUUUUGUUAAGUGAUUUUUUUUCUUGGAGACAAGGAAGCAUUUAUAUACACAUACCCAUUAAAGUGUAGUGCUUGGAAAACUUGGUGGCAUAAAUUAAAACUUCAUUGUAAGUGUACUGGAUCUAUUUACUUAGUUCUGUACUUCAGUAGCCCAGAGAUAUUUUUCAAGAGCAAUAGGCAACAUUCUUGUUAGCUUGUAUGCUUCUAAGUAGUACACAAGAGUCUGUGCCUUAAUUUGUUAGUAUGCUAAUGCAAGUGCAAGUGUACUAAGAUCUAAGAAAUGUUUCACAAUCAUUUGGGAAAAUCCAUCCAACUGCAUUUCCUUACAUAUGCAUUCCUGAAGUCUGCACAUAAGGAUAACAGUGUCAGCAUUAUCAGCUUUUGUGGAGAAUUAAUAUUCUUUUGUUAGAGGGAUGGACUGUUUCUUUGCCAUAUGCCAUCUUGACAGCAAGAAAUACUGCUUUAUUCACAUAAAAUAAAAUACUGUUGUAUUUGUCAUAAAUUAACCAGUCACCAUCCUGACUCUCACAGAAGGAUAAAAACAAUACUAACAUUUUAUUCUGGAAUAGUAAACCUCCAUACACGUAUAUCUCACUUCUGUUUAAAUUUGAAAUCUUUUUAAAACAGGGGAUUUCUACAGCAUUAGGAAAAUUUGUUACUAUUAUUGAAUUAGGCACCAGUUCAGCUGAAAACUAGUAACACUUUGGGAGAAUACCAGAAUGGCUUUAUAAGUAUAGAAUAAAUUUCAACACAGGUACAUGUCUUUUCAUUUAUUUAACUUUUUGUAUCAUUAAUUUAACAGUUUGUGGCAGAAUUUGUUCAUCAUGUCUGACUUGUAAUUGUUGAAACUGUUCCAUUUAGGAAGUGGAAUCCCUACCUGUAGAUACUGCAGGCCUCUCACAGGAGCAUUCACAACCAAGCCUGCCAUGCCAUGAAAUUUAAAAGAGAGACAUGGCACUAAAGAAGCAAAGCUGCAAUAUCUUCUCUCCAUGGCCUUUUGAUGACUUACCUUGUCAGGUUAAUCGUACCAGGUUAGCCAGGUCGUUUGGCUCACGAACUGUGUUUAUCGUAGAGAACUUAAAAAGAGAACUUAAAAAGAAGUUAAGCUUCAGUCUCUUUUGCAAGCAUGGAUUUCAGGUUAGGUUGUUAAACUGGCAUUGUCACAACCAGAGGGACCCUGAGAGAAUCCUGAAUUAUUUUACAUUGUUAAACGUAGGAAACUCUAAAUACUGUUAUCUUCAGUUUGUAAUGUGAGAGGGAAUUCAACAGGUUAUCUCUUAUUUUCAUGGUUUUUCCUAUGAAUUGCAUUCAUUAUUUUAAGAAAAUUGCUUUGAUGGCAAAAAGUGCAUCCUUAGUUUGUUUUUAGUAGAAAAUGAGCGUGUAUUAGCUUUCAAGUCCAGUCCUCAGUGAAGUCAUAAGGUUUUCUAAGCUUCCUUAUUUUAUGAAAAGUGAAAUAGUGAAAAGUAUCUUAUCUGGAAACAAACCUUUCUUCAGCAAAGGGUGGUGAUGUAGAGUUAGCAUCCCACGAAGGCAUUAUCUUUGAAAUGUGCAUUUUCAUUAGUUUCUGAGAAAACCAAUGAACUAGCUUUUAGUUUAUCAACUACAGUUAUACUGCAUUUCUUCAUAACAAAAAUAUGCCCUUUUGCAGAGUUGCCUAAAACUUUUUUUGGAAAUUGCUGUUGGGAAGUGCAUCACCAGAAGGCCAUCAGUGAGAACUGCAGCUGGUAAACCCCAUUCUUACUGACAGGAAAGAGAAAACUGGUUAAGGAAAUACUAGGGUAUUCAUACUCAAGUAUUUUUUCAUUAAUGUUUUUGACCACCUGUUAUGCUUACUUAAAUCCUACAAGCAUAUCAUUAAAAUUGACUGUGAAGUUACCUAUUUGUUAUCUCUUUAUAACUAUUUUGUUACCGUUUUUGCACCUGUUGUAAAGGUAAUAAAGAAAACAAAAAAGAAGAAAAAUCCCCCACAUUUUUCUGAGGUAACAGUGUAACCAAGUCUCAGAAGUAUUUACAAAUGUCUCCCCUCCAGUUUUCUCAGAUGUGCUGCUGCACAAAUAUUAACAACAGUGAUUAAAUACUAGCCCUGUUUCCAGUAUUCUUGCUGUCAUAUCCUCUAAAUGUCAGUGCUACUCACAGACUUGAGGGAGUGCAAUAUUUUGACCUAAGCUAGUGUGUAAAUAGUGUCAUCAAACAUGAUAUUCAGCAGUUCUGAGAACAAUUGAUUGUCACAAAUAAUAACUCAUUAUAAAGAUUAAAUAGAAAGAAGCUGAGAGAGUCCACUUUCUGUAACAGCUGUCCUGUUUUUUGGCACCGGAAAUACUGCUUUGUGCCAGUACACUUGGAUUUGUAACAUUUUUACGGCUAAGCAUAAAAUUUUUGCUAUUAAAGGAAGAGUUUGCCAAUUAAUUUUUUCUUCUUGUAAAGCAAAAAUGGACUUCAGAUACUGUUGGAAGCUUUCUUCCUGGGCAAGUCAGGGAAGAACACCCCUGCUACCAAUGAAGUUAUGCAUUUUUUUUCUUAGAAUGGUCUUCGUGCCGUCCUUCACUUCCAGUAAUACAGGACUUCAAUUAGUAAUUAAAAGGUGCAUGGCAAGUACAGGGCAAGUCCAGUAAUCCUAAAGUUCCAAACAACCAUUAGUUUUUAAGACAUCUGGUCAAUUUGAAAUACCAGCUCUAUUAAAAAUGGGUUUUUUUCAGCUCCCUUCUGCAGAUUUACUGAAAAACAAAACAAACAAAGAAAAAGCAGCCUUUAAUAACCAGCAACAACUUACUAAGAAAGUGAAUCAACCUCAGGAGCCUAUCAAGGUUUUCUAAGAGUAACUAUCCCUGGGGUAGCUUCCCAUUAUAAACAAAUAAAGUUUAAAGGUGGAAAGCUCCAAAUUGAAAUGGAAGAAUCCAUUCACAUGUCACAUUAUGAACAGUCAAGUAUUACUACCAUUUCUUUCCUCAAAGUGGUACUGAGUUGUGAUUUCCAGCUCCUAUACGCAUUGCAGAAUUGCCUAUUAGUGUGGUUUUAAUACCCAGCUUUACUUUGCUGAGACCUGAAAUUUCAAAGAAGCGAAGAUUCUCUCAUUGAAAAUUCCAGCAAGAUCUGCCUGGUAGCUCCAACAUUUUUACAUAUUUUCACAUCCAGUUAUCAGAGUCAUUGUUCAUUAUAGUAAGUACCAUAUAGAACAGGGCUGGAAGCCCCUGACUUUAAACUUUCAAAAUUUCGACCUUAGAAUCCGCCUUGAUUUUGCGUCUCUGUCACAUAAGCAAAAGAAAUUUCUGUUUUUCAGCCUUAGGACUACUCUAUAAAACAGAAAGGUUCAGAGAUGUAUUUACUGUUCUCUGCCAGGGAAUGCUGCCUCCACCAACAACCCUAAGUUACUAUUAUGUCCCCUUCUCUUUGAUAUAAAAUUCCAGCUGGAAUACAUGUCGAGGUAUAGAACUUGGGUGUUAACUCAGAGUUGUUUCAUUGUCAGGCAGUUGUAUAUUAUUGGCUAUUUCAGAGCACGAUUUUCUCAGGUAUCAUCUAGGCAGGACUUAAAUUAGAAUUUUCAGAUGGUUUGUUUGGGAGCAGGGGUGUGAGCUACACAGCUAAUUAAUUCAGUAGUUACAUUGUUGUUUUGCAGGUGUUUGAGAUUGUAGCUGUGGAAGGGUAGUUCAUUUAGAGAGCUCAGAUCCAUAUGCCUUCUCCACACAAAAAACUGUUAGGUGUACUUAGAAAAAAUGGAUAAAUAAAACCUUUAAAUCUAGUUGACUGAGGUCAAAAAUUGAAAAUAUAGAAGAGCCAUGAACUAGAUUCUUUCUUCCUCUGUCUCCGAGAGUGGAAUGCCUUGUAAAUACAACUUAAUUGAUUUAUUGUUUAUAGAUAAAUACAGCCUCUGAACCAGUAUGCUAACCUAGGAUUCACACUGAGCAGAGAACACUUGGAAAAAAAUCUUGAAUUGCUACUAUUUGGCUCUGUCAUCUAGUUUUAGAAGCACAAAUGUUUAUAGAUAAGUACUUGAGUUUUGUGAAUACAGUAAGUGAGCCAGCCAUUGAAACUUAUCAAUAUAAGGCAAUUAAACUUUUUAAAACAAAAAUCAGAUCAGUGAUUCUCUUUGCAUUACAGAUGUUGAAAGUAUGAGCCAGAAUUGGCAUUACUAAAAAAAAAGAUGCACUGCACUCUUUUCAAUGAGCUCAGUCUUUCUCAACAUAUGAAGAAUUCCAUUGUUGUUACAUGCAAGUAAUAAUGCAAAAUUCUUGGAUAACUGAUAUGUAAACAAUUAACUCUAAGCUGUUGCCUCAAUUCUCAAAGAAUCAUUCUGCUCUCUAAAGGGGAUUGCAGUAAUCUUACACUUCCUGCUGAGCUCUGCUGUAAUAAUCUGUACUGUUGCAUCUCUCAAAUAUUUCCUAAUUCUGAAGGCUCCAUGUACCACAAAUGGCACCCUUUCAUUAUCAAAUGAAGUUAUUCUGGUGACAGAAAAGUCCAAAUACAUUCCUGCUUUUGUUUAAUUCAGAAGUACUGUGGUGAUGUUACUACUUUAAAACGUAGGGAAAUGUGUUUGUAUAAAAAUGGAAGUAACCAUGAAUCAAGGUGUGAAGCAUAUUGUUCAAAUCACAUUUUUAAUGAAAUUGCAGACCCUAGCUAUAUCACAAAUUGUCAACAUCAUAAAUGACAUCAGAGGAACACAUUCGUUACUGUCUGGUUUACAAUACAGAACAUCCUGCUCCACACAGGGAGAAUUAAAAAGCUAAAUAUGCUCCUUGACAUUUUGAUGUCAGGCCAGAUUGGAACAGUACCUUCAAAAUCAACAGCAAUUACUUAAUUCCACCUAAGCCUUAUUGUGAACUUCCUUCUUCUUAAAAGACCUUUUCAGACAGCGUUAAUUUUCAUAAUUUUGCUUUCAGGAAUUUGAAUUCACUACGUCAUACGACAUUUACUUACAGAAAUGAUUAUACACCCCCACCACUAUGAAGUGCUGAGACCUGCAAUUCCAGAAGAUAAGCAUUGUUGUGUUCAGGGAGCUGAUCUUUGAAAUGUCUCAAUUGAAACAUCUCAAUUGAAACAUCCUUUUACAUGUCUGUGUCCAGUGUUAAUUGUACCAUUACUUGUAAAUCACAAGUUAAUUUGUUUCUCCACCAAGCUUCCCACUUAAUUUUGACUAAAAUGCUGAAAACAUUUAAUAGGAAAAAAGCCCAUGAUACAGGUUCAUACACAGGACACAAAAGGCAGGCAGACUCCUAAAGAGAAAUACUGAGGAGUGAAAGCCAGCAUUAAACACCUGCCUUGUACCUUCUGUUAAAGGACUUCCAGGGAUGAAACUUGGGCUGGGGUUGUAGGACUGCUGAUUUUAAAAUGGCAUGUGUUGCUUUUCCUUUGUGUAACUGUUGGCAGCUGGAGAUGGAACAGGGGUGUUAGGUAAGGAGGGAAAUUCUCAUCACAGGCCUGCCAUCACAAGCCAAACUUUUGUCACUAGUAGCCUUGAGUAGGCACAGAUGCCAUUUGCAGAUGUCUUUAGGUAUCCAGUUCUCAAUUUUGUGCCAAAAUACGCACCAGCAAUACCAGGUAAAGCACCUUUUAUGCUCUUUGUUGUUCAAAAAUAAUAUAUUUGUGAAACAGAUCGAUAAUACAUAACACUGGAAAUGGGUCCUUCUUCCCUAAAGUACAUGUAAAAUAAAAUAAAAUUUAAAAAAAAAACCCAAACAACUUUUGUGAGUUUAUCUGGCUUUUAAUUAAGUCUGAAAAUUAUAACUAUGUUAUACAGUUUCCAGUUUUCGGUCCUUUAUAAUUUUAAAUAGAUCUGCAUUUUAACUUUAUUUAUUUGCCAAUUUUUUAUGUACUUAAAGUUACACUUUACAAUUCAAGCUAACUUUUUAUUUUCCUAGGAUGUUAUGUAAGAGAUUUUCAGUAUUCUUGUAAACUGCAGACCUUUUUUGAGUAGUCCUUUGUCUUCUCCUUUGGAUCACUUACCACUAAUGAGUCUGCAGUCCCCAUUUUACUGAACUCUUCCAAUAAAUGUAAAAUACUUGUA